ACAUGAUAAACAUUUAAAUGAUGCUGAAUUACUACAACGUAGUAAAAGUAUAUCAGCUGUUUAUGAUGAUAUUAGUCUUUGUUUACCAGAUUUUUUUAAUGAAAUUGAAAUGUCGAAAACAUUAUCACAUACAAAUGGUCAAUCAUGGAAAACUUAUGGGGGUAAAAUUGAAAAACCUGAACGAGAAAAAGCACAGCAUCUAUCAGUGCAAGAUGAAACAUACAAACGAAGGAAUUCUCAACAAAAUUAUUUUCAACCACAACGAUCACUUUCGUCAUCACGUACAUCAUCGAUUUAUGGUUCAGAUACAUAUGAACUAAUACAAAUUUCUAUACAACAAUAUCUGAUGCUUGUGAUGAAUUAA